AUGAUGAAUAUUGCCAGUAAAAGCAACGCCAACAACGAUGAUUUGUUCUUUGUGCAGAACAUGUAGAUGCCUCCCUAUGAGGAUCACUCAAGUUAUACCCAUCAGACACUCACUUCGAGUAUAGUGUACAAUGCCAAUUUAGGACCGUUAAUUGACUGGGUCAAUUCAUUUAACGAUCCAUACUGCCUCCUAGUAAAUUCCCUCAAUGAUUUAAGAGACGGUAUUGCUUUCUGUCAUCUAGUCGGCUUGAUAACAUGCACUCCCUCAGACCAGGAAAAGAUAAGACAGCUUGUCUACUAUGAUGCCUCCUCAAAUGGAAAUAACGAAGACUUGAUCGCGCAGAAUAUGGAUUUAGCUUUAAACAUUCUCAAAAAUAGUUCUAUUCCAGUCCCUGACCACACUUUAACGCUUAAUUCUCAAAGUUUGAUGGAAAACGAUGAAUGUCUUUUAUAGUUCUUAGAGGUACUUAAAUAAGUUCACGAACUACUUGGAGGCUACACUAAUAAUACCGGAAUUCUCUAAAGUCCCAUAUCGAAGCAACAGCAGCAGUAAUAGUAUGCUUAAAAUCAUAAUACUAGCGCCAUGAGCUAUCCAUAACAGAAGACUUAGUAGUUACCUAGUCAAAUUCAUGAAGACUUAUCCUCAAAUGGUUAAACUUAACUCAUGUCAAAAUCACCCUCUGUUGGAAAUGUAUUUUAGCCUCAAUUUACUUCUGCUUAUCAGAAUCAUAAUCCACUCGACAGUGACAACAAAAUGAAUUCAUUGAUAAUUACACCAAGAAAUUUGCCCUUACAAAUGCAAACUUCUCUUAAUAAUUUUAAUCCAAACCAGGUUAAAGAUAAAUUUCAGUCUAACUUGAGUCAUAGACGAUUUGAAAAUUCCCUUGAGAUCAACAACAUAUCUCCGAUUGGCUAGAAAUAAUCUGUUUCUCCCCUUAAUCAUAACUAAGAAGAUGUCUCGCAUGUUCUUAGCAUGCAACUUGGAGGAAUAAUUAUGCCUAUUGGCAAUAGUAUAACACCAGAUAAUAUUUUCAAUAAAGAUCCAGAAGAGAUCUAGCUUGAAAAAGAAAUUGAAGCAAUCAAUGACUCAUAUAUGGUAGUAAAUCAUAAUUUCAUCAGCUAAGCAAAGGACAAGGAAAAUCUAUUUGGUGUCAAGCACAGCAAUUCCAUUAUGAAUGCUCACAACAAAAGUAUGUCAAAUAACCAGUAGAGUUUGUAUUAGAAUCAUAUUAGCAGUGUCAGUACCAGUGCAAGUAGAGAGAAAUGGAAGAUCAAAUAGCUUUAAAAUGAAAACUAGGAUUAUAGCAAGAUAAUUAAGAACUCCAAUUAAAAGAUGAUAAAGACUGUUGACCCAGCUACAGCUUAGACAUUGCAAUCCAAUCAUAAUAAAAUAAACUAGUCCUAGUAAAUACAAGAUUAAUAUAAUGUAUUUGAUAAGUCCAAUAUUCAGGAUGGACUUACAAUGGAAUCUAAUAUUAGAAGUCAAAAGCAUAAAUUUGUUUCUAACUAAACUUCUUCUGUAUCUUAAGAUUAGUAACAAAAUUUCAUGCAAAACUAAUCGUUUAACAAGCAUAAUUUGCCACUGUAGAGAAAGGAAAUCUCAAGACAGCAAACUUUUCAGAAUACUUAGAAACCAGCUUCUGAUGAAGAUGAAAUAAUGAAUGAAAUGCAAACAUUAAACAUUCAGCCUGAAAGCAAGGAACUCGGCUCAAAUAAAAAUAAACCAUUACUCUUACAAGAAGUAAAGAUAGAUAUAAUUGAUAUAAAAACUCAGUAUAAAGUGCUUGAUUGGCUUGUCCAAGACGUAAAAUUACUCAAAAAUAAUGAAAGGCUUAUUAAUGAGCUACCUUUAUAUUGCAAAAAUGGUGUUUUCUUCUGCGAUUUAAUUAACAGGUUAAAUGGUAAGCAUGCAAUCAUAAAAGGUAUUGACAGAAAUCCCAAGAAUAUGACUUCUAUCAUUGCUAAUCUCAAUAAGAUCUUAGACUAUUUCAGACAAUUCCCUAAAUUUUGUGCAAGAUAUUUAUGGGCUCAGAAAUAUAUCAUUGACGGUAAUACUGAUGUUAUUUGGGGAUUUUUAGAUGAUAUAUGGCAUUGGCACUUCAAUAAAAUUAGCCCCUAUGAUAUAACAUACAAAGCCCCCUCAAACAAUUUAAAGUCUUCAUAAAGCAGAACUAGAGAUGACACUUCUUCACUUGGGAGAUAUUAACAGUAAUAGCUAAAUUAGUUAACUAAAGAAAACACUUCAAACAAUAUUACACAGAUGCUUCCUCCAAAGAUCCAAUCAAACAGAACAAUGGAUCGCAGAACUUCAUAAAAUGCAACGAAUGCUAAUACAACAGCCUCUCACGUUCCUCAGAAUUACAGUAAUGACUACGAUUAGCAUAACUAGAAAAUAAAUAUCUAGCGAGUACAGACUCCUAAUAUUUAAAAUAUGAAUAAAGGGAAUCAUCAUUAGAACGAUUCAAUGGUAAAUCAAACCCUACCAAGAGAACGGUCAUAUGGAUCACUUCACCAAUAAAAAACGCCAUUAAUUAGAAAUCUGAGAGCAUAGGACGCUCCUCUUUAAGCAGGUUACAAAUCUACCAGAGCUGUGAUGUCAACUCAUGGGAAUAACUCCUUUAGCAGAAACAGUGGUUCUAAAAGAAGAAGAGAUAUCUCAAACAUCAACUCUCCAAUUGCAAAAGAUCAAACUGGCAAGGUUUACUUCAUGAGCAAUAGCAAAAAGGACGAUAGAGAUAUGCUAAAUCUGCUAUCAAUCAACCAAAAAGGAGCAAGUAAUAACUAUGAGCACUUUACAAUAAGCGAUGACAUGAUAAGUGAUGUGCGAACCUGGCUUUUUAACCUAAAGUUCUAAAGUUUCUUAUCAAAGGAAUUUGAUCAUAAAGACAUCUGUGGAGAUCCCUAUAGCAAUGGCAUUUUACUGGGAGAACUCUUCAGCUAUCUUGAAAAAAUCACUCUCUACAAGAUCAUCUAAUACCCCUCCACUAUAUCAGAGUGCAAAGAGAACCUGUUGAAAGUGAUAAGCAUCAUUAAAUAAAGAAGAAGAGAUUUCCCAUCCAGGUUGCUAAGUGAGAAAGCUGUGGAAAAUAUUCUGAAGCGUGACAAGCAAACUAUUUAUUCAAUCCUUUACUACUUAAAACUCUCAUACCCAGAUGUAUAGCCAAUCGAAAACGAGGCUUUACUGAAUACAACUAGUGCUGCUGCCAAUUGCAGUGUAAUGAGCAAUCAAUCUCAGUAAAACUUGGCAUUACCCUACACCACUGGGGAGAUCAAGCUGCUUGAAACUAGUAUUCUGAAUUGGAUCAAGUCAAUGGGAGUUCUUAGCAAGUUUGGCUAGCAUUAUAACGAGGUUUAAAGUUUGUUAGAGAUACAGAAAGAAAUCUCCAAUGGAAGUUUACUCUGUGAAAUAGUUACAACAAUCUUCAAUGUGAAGAUAAUGGGUAUAUUUAAAGACCCAAAGACAGAAGCAACUGCAAUCUCAAACAUUAGAAAGUCUUUGGAAGUUUUGAAAAAGCAGACCAAGAUGAGCCAAAAGUUUACUUGGGCUGAAAGAGAGAUAUAUGAAGGUCAAAUCAACAUAGUUAUUGGGCUAUUAGAAGACCUACACAGAUGCUUUGAUGGUCUCUAGCCAAGAAAGAGAGGUCCAAAUUACUUCCAUGAUGGACCUUACCUUGGAGAUACUCUUUAUAAGGUGUAACCUUAUAUGAGGUAUAGAAAUCAAAAUGGAAGCAAUAAUAUAAAUGGAACCAAAGAUAGCUCAAUCGGUAAAGAACUAAUGAAGCUAAACAAAGCAGAUCAGUGCAUUUCAACGAUUAAUUAGAGUUUAGAAUUUGGAGGCGGGCUUACUGAUAGACAUAGAUUCUAAGAGAUACCUUCUCUGUUAAGUUACAGAAAUCAUCAGACUAUUCAACCUAGCGAGACAAAUAAAACAACAUAGAAAGUUAUUUAGAUUGAGAACACUUCCACUUCAUUGUAUGCUGGAUAUUAAACCCUAUCACCAAGGUCUACUAUUCAAACUUAGAUCUAAACAAGUCAGGAAAGAAAACCAAACUUUGGUGUAUUUUUGAGUAAUAAACUAAACAAAGAAUAAACUAAUGGCUCUCUUUAGUCAAGAGGCUUCAAUGAUAUAAUAAAUACAACAAUGGAUAAGAGAGAGAAUAUCAACAUAAAUAAAGCAGCAGCUGCAGUGGAUAGAACAACAUUCAGUCCACAAAGUUUUACUAUGGCCAAUUCUAAGUUUGAUGAAAGAAAUUACAAUCCAUUUUAAUAGCAAUGCCAGCCAUACCCUUAAAAACUAAAACCUUCGAACUUAACCCUUGAUGAAGAAAAUUACAAUGCACCCACACAGCAAACAAACACUAACAAGUACUAGGCUAUACCUUAAAAGAUAAAUGAACUAGUAUUGCCUUAAAAAUCAGAUAUUACCUAGUAGUACCCAGUAGCACCAACUAGAUCACCAUUAAAUAUCAAGAGUAGAGGUCAAUCCUUAGAAUUCGAGGGUGGUAGUCAUAUCAAGAGACCAAGUAUGAUAUCAAUUGAAGAUUAUGAAAAUGAAGAGCAUAACUAGAAUAGAAAUGUUUUCAAUCAAAAAGAGAAAUAAAAAAUUGCCUAAUGGAUGGGUUAGUUUAACAUUAGUAUUCCAAAAACAUUUUUUACCGAGAAGGACAACAUUCCUGAGUUCAAAGAUGGGUAAGUUAGAUAAAUCAUUUUACCUCCAUAUAGUUUAUUAUUAAGUUAAAUUGUUGGAGUAUUGGAAAAUCACAAAUUUGAGAACUUGCAACUAAAUCCCAAAUCAAGUGCGAGUUGCUUAUAAAAUAUUAAGAAGGCACUAUAACUCCUGAAAAAGAAAAAUGUAAUUAAAUUCUAUUUUUUAAUUUCUUUAUUAGCAAGUCCCAUUGUAUUUGCUGUACAGUGA